AUGAAGCACGGGGAAAGAGAGCAGCUGCAAUUUCUGUCGAGCAGCUUUUUCGACAGAAGCGCGACGACGAUGACAAACGAAAACACAGAAAUCAUUAUCGAGUCUGGCACCUCGACAGAACAAGGGUCUUCUUCGAACGAUGAGCCCUCGGUCAAGUGCCGGAAGAAUACCGCCGCCCCCACAGCCGAAACUCGCCAAAGCGAUUCAGACUCUUUUCAUGAAGAAGACGAAAGUGAUCGAGCGAUGCUGAUACAGAGAUCCAGUGCCAGAAGACGGCAGAAGGAGUCCACGUCAAAGUUUAAAUCGCCACAAAAGAGAUACGUCCCAGAAUGGUGGAAAACAUUUGUCAUUUUAAUCUACUUGCAAUGCUGUCUGUUUCUGAUGACGGUGACGGAAGCAAUCGUCCACGACAAAGUGCCAGAUCAAAACACCACUGCUCCUCUUCCUGAUAUCGCAUGGGAAUUGACCGCAAAGUGGCCCUUCGAGACUGAAUUUGGGAAUCACCUCUGUUUCAAACUUACAGAAAUCAUUAUUCUCUGCCUCACAGUUCUAGCUCAUCUCCACUUUAUCACUCAUGUUCACUUCUCGAUCGUCUUUCGUCGCUGGUUAUUUCACGUCGGAACAGUCUAUCUGUACAGAGUGCUGACUAUCUCCGUCACAAUCCUUCCAGUGCCCAAGUUACCGCCGAACCACUGCAUGCCAAAGACGGACGGCUCGGUCGAACAGAUUCUCCAAAGAGCAUGGAAGACACUCUCUGGCGCAGGGAUGGAAAUCUGA